AGGUGUGUAAAAUAUCUCUGAGGAACUUCCGCGGGAAUGGUUUCUCGACGUCUGUAGAAGAAGGCAUGGCGGCGGUUUCUGUGUCAUUGUCAGUGUCGGCGGCACCGCCUCUCUCGUCGGAGCUAUUUUCAAGUAAAGGAGAAGGUACAGGUCAUCUAUCGUGGUCGUCGUCUUUUCCGAGCAUCAAGCUUCGUGUCAGUAAUUCGAUCUUAUCCACUUCAGUUCCGGCUCUGCACCAGGGCCUGAUCAUAGAAUCUGCUUGGACACGAAGAUCGCGAGGAGAAGCUGCGAAGAGGCCAAACCGGAAGUCAUGGAAGCAACGGACAGACAUGUACAUGAGACCAUUCCUGCUAAACGUGUUCUUCUCAAAACGCUUCAUUCACGCCAAAGUGAUGCACCGAGGCACGAGCAAAGUGAUAUCAGUAGCCACCACGAACUCCAGGGAUCUGAGGAACACAUUGCCAUCGCUCACGGACAACAACGCCUGUCGAGUCAUAGGAAAGUUGAUCGCCGAGCGAUCCAAGGAAGCGGAUGUGUAUGCAAUAUCGUACGAGGUCAAGAGGAACGAGCGCAUAGAGGGUCGACUCGGGAUCAUUCUCGACACCAUACAGGAGAAUGAUAUAAUAUUUGUGUGAUUCUUGAUGACACAACAUGGGACUCUAAAUCGGACAAAACUUAUACUCCAAAAUUGAUGUUAUUAUUAUUUUUUCGUUUUUAUUUUUU